CGAUAACGCCCGCAUCGAUAGACCCUUAUUUCGCCGGACUUGCCCGAUUUGUGUUGUUGUGAUUCGGGAUAUAUACAGGAUAUAGCUUAGCCGGGAUCCAAAAUGGGCCUGCUCUCGGAUCCGUCGAUAUCCACGCAGAGCAAGCUGGUGGACGGACUGGCGCGCCAUGUCCGCAAGGUGUGCUACGCUUUAUAUGUGGCGGGUGUGGUCUGGUUCUUCUGCUUGGCGCUGCCGGAGUUUAAUCAUGGAACAUAUCUCUCGGAAAAUGCCCUCUCCCCAGGCCUCGUUUAUCCCGAGAUCCGCAUCGACGCCAAUCGCCUGGCCAUCCAGCUGCUGGAGGAGCUGCAGCGCGAGCGCAAGGAUCAUUUGUCCACCACGCCGCACGCCUGGAUCGCGGCCAAGAUGAACGAGUUCGGUCUGGAGACGCACACGCACAACUACACGCUGCGCUAUCCCUUUGGCGGCGGCAAGGAGUAUCACGGCAAGAAUAUCUAUGGUAUAUUAAGGGCUCCUCGGAUUGCCUCCACGGAGGGCAUUGUUUUUGCCGCUCCCUACCGCGCCGCCAGCUCUGUGCACUCGGACAUCUCGGCCAGCGUGCCGCUCCUGCUGGCCUUUGCCGAUUUCGCGCGGCGCAAGAACUACUGGGCCAAGGAUCUGGUGUUUUUGGUAACCGAACAGGAGCAGCUGGGCAUGCAGGCCUGGCUGGAGGCCUAUCACGAUGGCGAUAGGGAUCUGGAUGUGAGCAAGGCGUAUCUGCGUCCCGGCAAUUUGCCCGCUCGCGCUGGCUCCCUGCAGGCUGCUUUAAAUAUCGAGGUUCAGGAUCUGGAGAUCGACCAUGUGGAUGUGCGAAUUGAGGGUCUGAAUGGCAAACUGCCCAAUUUGGAUAUGUUUAAUCUGGUGCAGCGCAUUAUGGCCCGCGAGGGCAUCGCCUCGGGCUACAAGCAGGCGCCGCGCAAGAAGCGUCGCCACAUGCAGUCCGUUUUCGAGCUCAAUCUCCGCCAGAUGCUGACCAUGCUGGCCAGCCAGUCGUCGGGCGUGCCGAAUGGCAAUCAUGGUCUGUUUCAUCGCUAUCGCAUUGAUGCUUUGACCAUAGCGGCCAAUCGCAGGGCCACCCAUGCCACGCUGAAGGGCAGUCCGGGAUCGGCAGCGGUUCCCCUGCUAAAAGCCAUUGAGGGAAUUGCUAGGAGCCUGAACAACCUGCUGGAGCGCUUCCAUCAGAGCUUCUUCUUUUAUGUCAUCGUAAACAAUGAUCGGUACAUCUCCAUCGGCGAUUAUAUGCCCGCCUUGGUGGCUCUGGUGGCCUGUGCCUUUGUCAAGGCCUAUCUUACAUGGUCCACGCUGCCGGCGACGAAUGCUGAGUUGGAAAGGGCAGCUGGCCUGGUCAGGGAGCAGGGAGAGGAGGAGGAACUGGAUACGGAUGGCGAUAAAUUCGAGCUGCCCUAUGGCUCCGUUUUGAUUUACCUCACCGCCACUUUGCUGAUUGGCUUCCUGUGCAACGUGCUGCCCCUGCAGCAGUACUUCCUCGAGAUUCCCAUGGGCGCCGCACCGCUGACCACCUCGGUGCUUAGUUUCCUCUCGCUCAUCGGCUUCAUUCUGCCCUUCGUGGUCGUUCUGCCGCCCGGCGGCCUGGAGCUGCUGCACGUGGCCUUUCUGCUCACCUAUGGCUGCGCUCUGAUCGUCAUCGGGUUGCUUAACUUUGCCCUGGGCUUCUUUGCAGCCGUGCUUACGGUGCCGCUGGUCGUCGCGCUGGAGACCAAGGAGGAGAACUCGCGCAGCACGCUGAGGAACACCAUUCGCCUGGCCACGCUGGCCAUGAAUCCCAUGAUGGUGAUCUAUGUGAUCGUGCUGGCCAUGACCUUCUAUCAGUUUCCGGAGCUGCCGCUGCAGAAGAUCAUGCUAAGGGCGGCCACCGCGGCCAUGGAUGCCUCGGCCUAUGGGCUCAUCGAUUCAGUGAUCUAUGGCAACUGGCUGUACUUUGUCAUCUGCACCAUCUUCCUGCCCCUGUGGAUCAUCUGCUGGACCUUGGCGCUGUCCAAGCGGCGGGACUACGCCGAUUACCUCGACUUCGAUGAGUCGCCGUCCACGUCGCCACAGCCGCCAAAGGUGAAGACGAAUUGAGCAGAUUUCCAUUCAAAUGUUACUCAAUGUUUGAUUGAAUGUCUACAUAUAUCAACUGGAAAUUAUCCUAAGAUAAAGUGUGAUAAACCCAACAAAAAUGUGUGCGAUGGCGGUUGCACAUGCAGAGAAAAUUCCAUUUAAAUGUUAUGCAUUUGAUUAAAUGUCUAUGAAUAAAUGAAGCCUAUUUAUUAGUUGGA